CGGCGCUGCUUCCCAUCACCAUUGCUGCCUCUUCUCUUCUCUUCUCUUCUCUUCUCUCCCAUCCCCUGUUCACAAUUUUGCUUGUGAAUUUCCUGCCAGUUCCUCGGCAUCUUAUUUCUCGUGUCUACUGAGACGUAGACCAAGAACGAGGAGAGUAAUUGGCGAGCGGUUGGAGAACGAAGACGAGACGGCUGCGGCGGCCGGCGGAGGCCCAUUUUUGAUGCGUGGCGCCGUCGAGGUCCACGCGAUUGGCAGAGACGUCGCGUCGCCGAGCCCCCUGAGACUCAGAGACGCUCCGGCAUUGGACAUGAUGAGGUACCAAAGGCUGAGCCCGGACUGCCUCCCCCUCGGCAACGGCGGCGGUGGCGGAGGCGGAAGCGCCGUGCCCCGGAAGCAGGCGUCCAGAUCCUCCUUCAUCAGAGACGACGACGCCCCGGCCGUGGCCACGGAUGGCUCCCGCCUCGCUUCGUACCUCGCGGCCUCCCCGCACGAGUCCAAGCCGCUGCGCGCCCGCGCGCCGCAGCCGGCGCCUCUUUCUUCGGCGACGGCCGGCCGGAGCCCAGCGCGCGAGCAGGCGCACCACCACACCUCCGACUCCUCCGACACCGCCUCCCCGAGCUCCACCGGCGGCGGCGGUGCCGUCGUCGGCGACGUGCUGCUGCAGUGGGGGCACAACAAGCGGUCGCGCUGCCGGCGCGACUCGGCCACCGCCGCGCCGUCCGCGCAGCGGCGGCAGUCUGCGGUCGGCGGCGGCGGGGUCAAGAUCCAGCGGCGCGCAUCGGCGCCGGCGGAGAAGCUCAUGCCGCCGCCGCCGACGACGACCGCCGCAGGUUCCUACACGCGCGGGUCCAACCUGCGGUCGGCGUCGUCCUUCCCGUCCCGCGCCUCCGCUUCCGCCUCCACCGCUGCCGUCGGCAGCCACCACCUGCCCCACCACCACAGGUCCGUCGAGGAGCGAUCGGCGCAGAAGCGGUCGUCGCCGGACAAGGGGCACAAGUCCGCGUCCGCCAUGGACGCCGUCCUGCACAUGGAAUCCAAGAACUAUCACCACCACCACCACCACGACUCGCCGUUGACCAGCAACGGCGCCGCCACCACUGCAGCCGAGAAGCUGGGCGUGGAGCGGUUCGAGCUGCCGCGGAUCUACAUCUCGCUGUCGCGAAAGGAGAAGGAGGACGACUUCCUUGCGAUGAAGGGCUCCAAGCUGCCCCAGCGGCCCAAGAAGAGGGCCAAGAACGUGGACAAGACCCUCCAAUUUGUCUUCCCGGGGAUGUGGUUGCCAGAUUUGACGAAAGGCCGGUACGAGGUGCGCGAGAAGAAAUGCGUGAAGAAGAAUAAGAAGAAAAAGAAAGGGGGGACGCAGGGAAAAUCGGUUAGAAAAAAAUUGGGGCAUGGGUGUGCGAACGAAUGCAAUGCAAAAUAAAGCUGAAAAGCGGGGCGGAAUUGUGGUUGCCCUUUUCUUUCGGGAUGGGCCCUCGUCACGCCUCACGUGGGGCCCAUGACCCGUGAUGCUCCGUGCCCUCAUUGAUGACGGCACUGCUCUAGUUUAUUUGCUCCGCCGCGGCUUUAUUGCCGUGGACGUGGAGGGAGAUGGAUGCGUGCCCUUAACCUGAGGAGUCUUCUAGGUUUAGCUUCAUUUAUCUGCCAUGGCGUAUGUGCUUUACUUUGCCAAGCAAAAACAAAACACACGCUACUAGUGGACAACUGCCUCACUAAUACAAACAUCGUACCAAUGGGGUUCACCGUGCCGUGCCUGAAAAUUUGCUUGUGAAUCGCACGUAUACGGGACAGCUACUUAUUGCGGUCUGCUCGCAUGGGGUCCACCUGUCAGGCGAGUCUUUGGGAUUGUCGAGCUCAGCCACUGACAAGUGGGUUCCUGGGAGACACGUACUACGUAUCUUUGGCUGGUUUGGACCACAUGAUUGUGGUCCGGAUAGAGCUUGGAAUCAUAACCAUCGAAAAAAGAACAAAAAGGGGGUGGUGCUCUAGUCUUUGUAUCACAUCGUUGGUUCCCCCUGUUUAUUCUGAUGGCAAAUUGCGACGGCCGAUUUGUCAAUAGCAAGGACCAGCUCGAAUCUUGUAACAUGAACUCUAAUUAUUUAUUUAUUACUCUAAUCUGCAAAGGCUGUGGUUGGUUCGUGCUUUGGGUUUGUUAGAAUACUGUAUGCACAUGACCUGAGCUCGGUCUUGCCUUUACCACACACACGCUAAAGAAAGAAAAAAGAGCUUGCAACAA